ACAAAGAUAUAUGAACUUGUAUGUAAACCACGACUCUUUCAGGUCUAUGAUGUUACCCCAUUCAUGGAAGAGCACCCUGGUGGCGAUGAGGUCUUGCUAGCUGCUACGGGAAAAGAUGCAACCGAUGAUUUCGAAGAUGUUGGUCACAGUGAUGAUGCCAGGUCACUGAUGGAAAAAUACUAUAUCGGUGAAGUUGACAAGUCCACGGUCCCAGUAACAAAGAAGUACAAUCUACCACCUCGUCCAGUUCAGAGAGAACAGGAAAGUGGGUUUGGGAUCAAGAUCUUACAAUACUUGGUGCCUUUGUUGAUACUGGGGUUAGCAUUUGCUUUGCGACUCUACACCAGGAAAGAAGAUUGAUCUGAUGAUAUUUGGACAUGAAUUUGUGGUAAGCAAGCUACUUUGAGGCAGUUUGUUUCUUAAAUGCUCAAAUAUGGAACUGAAUGUUGUGUGGAUUUUUUUGUCGGUGCUUCAUAAUAAUGCCUUGCUAUUCCUCCUGUUAUGGAAAUCUUAUUUAGACUUUAUCCUUUUGUUUGAUACCAGUAGAAAACACAAUUCGGGUCCAUAAGAAAAAACUUUGUAACAUUGUUGAUAAUUGUCUCACAACUCCGGAAUUCUCCUUAGUAAGCAACCCAUGUUUUUUUUCAAGUUCCAAUUUAGACAUAAUAUCAUGCUCUGCAAGUC